AUGCCCUGCUGUCCUGCCUUGUUAGUGAGUGGAGUGUUGAACGUGACGGUGCAGGUGGAGCGUCCGUGGCCAGAUGCAGAGAAGUGGCUGCUGGUGGCGGUGCUGGGCGUGGAGAUGGUGAUGGGAGUGCUGGGAAACAGUCUGGUUCUACUGGCCAAAGUAAUGUGUCGGGGUCAGUUCUGCUGUCGGUACUGGCUUCCUCUCAUCAGUCUCACUCUGUCGGACUUUGUCUACAGUAACACAUGUUGUUCACUCAUAUGUUUAUCAAUGACUGAUGAUGAAGGCUGCUCCGUCCUCAUCAUCAGCGGAUCCUUCCUCGCCAUGCUGACAGGAGGUCAGAGGUCACCGUGGUGUGAGGUUGUCAGCCUUCUGAAGUUUGCUUUCAUCUCCUCCUCUAUCGGGAGCAUAGCCAUUUUAUGUGUCCAGCGACUGAUUGGCCCCGCCUCCACAGGAAGUGCUCUGUUUGCUGUCAUGGUGACAGCUUGUUUGGCUUCCUGGGUGACAGGCGUGGUGUUCGGGAGCGUUCCUGUCGUUUACGCUUGGAUCAAGUACGACCCUGCAGAGAUGCUGUGUGCUGUGUUUUGGGAGAACAGUUAUUCAGACAUGUUGGUCUACAUUCUGUGUGCGUUCUCCGUCUGCAUCUUUGUCCCCGUCCUCCUCAUCUUUACUUGCUCCCUGCUUAGUGCCCUUGGCUGUGGCUUCACCCCCUACAGUGAUGAAGAGUCAGAUCUGUCUGAGGUCACUCCUCUGCUUGUGGCAUCCUACAUGUUCUGUUACACCCCCUUUGUGGUCUCUGAGCUGAUCCUGCUGGGACGGAUGGACCUGUUGCCAGCUCCUGAUUGGUUGAGGACGCUGUCAUCAGUGAUGUCAUACCUGGACUGUGGUCUGAAUCCCCUGAUCUACUGCUCCCAUCAGGACUUCAGGGAGGCUGGGCUUGCCCUGCUCUGGACCAAUAGGAAGCCGCCAUCAGAGCCGGUGCUGACAGCCAUCACCAAACACGAGCUGUGA